UAUAUGGCAGAAUGACCGUAACCCAUCAUUUGCCUUUUGCAUUUUAUCCGAUUAUCUGGUAACAAAAAUUGGUUGUAAAUACAAGCAUACAGACGGUCGGGUGGUUAUUUUUCAUUUUUGGGCUGGCAGAAGAAAGUUUAAACUGCGGUAAAGCGACCACCGCGUCUGAGACGAGGACGUGACCGAGCCCACGGAGGAGGAGCGCCGUGUCGCGUGGACAGCACCGUGGCACCGUGAGUUCCAGUUCACGGAGCAACAACGAACCAACACGGAAACACUUCAAAUGUUCUGAAAAUAUUAUUACUGGAAAUAAUACCUGAGACAACAUUGAUAUUUUGAUGUAACUUUUGUGGGAAAUUGUGAAGCCAAGAACAUCGUCUGCACAGCUGUUAAGGAGAUGAGCACCAAAAGGAAAGCAGAGUGUCAUUUAAGGGCAGUAAACGGAGUGUACAUGACAAAGACUGGAGACCACUGGGUUGACUCGGAGAGAGAUUCUGGAUUCUCAGAUGAAAGCUCAGAGUAUAUGAGCACAGUAGAUGCUGCAGAUGCCGAGAAUUCACCCCGAUCUGUUGCACAGCAAAGGCCGCACCACUCUGGCUCCGAGCCCCAGUCGUGUCCGGUGGCCAUGGUGGGAGGAUCCUACACUGGACUCUCUCCGAUGAUCAUCAUGAACAAUGUUGUUCUGAAGCAGCAUGGAGAAAGUCCUCCUGCUCUCAAACCGUGGGGGUUUAGUCCCAGAAUGGAGGUGGUUCAGAAGCCUCAAGUCGUCUUCCUCCAGCAUGUGGUCUCUCCUCACGCAUCUCCUGCUCCUAAAGAUGCCUCCUCACGACACAGGCACUCGAAGAAGUAUCUUCCAAUCCUGAAAUCGUACCCCAAAAUAGCACCGCAUCCCAGAAACACCUCGAGUUUGUCAGGUAGAGGCACUGAUUCCACAUCGUCCUCAGGGUCAGAGACAGGCACCCACCAGGAAUACUAUCACCCAGAGAAGCAACAGAGAGUUAAUUCGGGGUCAUCUACUCCCAGUGUUCCUGUUCCCCCCAGCUCCAAUUCUCCAAGGCUACAGAACAGACUGUCUGUCUCCUCAAGAGAAACCAGCAGUAGUUCUGGCAAGGAGAAUCAAUCAGAGUUUACCUCCUCGUCAUCUUUCAGCCUCUCAAAGUACACCAGUGGCUCAACUGCAAACCAGGCAAACUGUGUUUCUCGAGCCAGUAGCCCAGGAGUAUGUAGCCACGGCGACAGCGAAGCUGAUACGAGGAGGAAGCGCUUCUGUAACACUUACAACAUCCUGAGCAAAUCCGGCCUGCUGGACAUCACACUCCAAACCAAGGAGCUCCUCAGGCAGAACCGGCGCUCUCAGAAUGACCUGGACCGGCUGAAAGAACACACAGAGCUCUUCUUCCAGGCUCUGCAGAGCGGUGACGCCAGCAUGUGUGUGAAGCUCCAGGACAGCCUUCAGGAGGAAAACGAGGAGAGAGGGGCCCGUCUAUAAGUCCUAAAUGCAGAUUAGGCCCCAGCCUUUAAUCUUUUAGACUGACAUAGAAAGGAAGCGAGGCUUGGAGCACAGAGAGUCGAGGACAGAUGGACUGAAAAUAAUGUGCUCCACAAUUCACAACACACACACAGACACACACACACACAUAGUUUGCCGUGGCCUACAUUUCGGCUGCUGUGUGCCUUCGAGCUGUGACACACCAGGUUGACCUCAAAGAACCCUUGCUGGGAAUGUGCAGCUGAUAGAUGUUUUGUGUUGCCUCAUCUCCCUUCAUCCUCCUUAUCGGUUCAAACUCGGCAAAGUACAAAUACUAAAAGUCAAAUUUAAAAAAAAUAAAAUAAUUGCCUAAUACCAGUACAAAUUGUCAUUUUGCUUCAGAGUUUUGUUUAUUGGUCCAAAAAGAAGUUGCAAAAGCAAAUUUAAGAGCAAAACAUGAGCUGCUUCAUGAUUGUCUCAACUUUCUUUCUGCUAUUGUAAAUUGUUUAGAAUCAACUUUCAGGUGCAUCAUCCCUUCAGAUGGGUACCAAUAAGCUUUACCGCUGCAUCCAGACUGUCAGACAGUCUUGAUGCAUCCUGUGUGGUUCCCGCAGGUGUUGCCCAAGUCCCGUCUGCAGUUCAAAGAUCCCAUAAACUACCGAACGGACAGCACCGGUCAGGCGUUGGCUCGGUGUGUCACAGCUCGCCCUUUAACCUGUCUCCAGGUCUUCCACAGCAGUUGCUUCUCUGCUGCAUGCAAGGCACCUCUGCAAACCCCUUUUCUUUUCCAUCAGUCACAUCUAAAAGCCCUGUAAGAUAGCAAACUGGUACGUUACGUCUUUAUCAGAAAUGAACAUCAACAUAUAAAUCACCACGACAGCAAGGUGUCUCAUUAAAAACUGACACUUGCAAUUUCAGACGAUAGUAAAUCACUUACGGCAUGUUGUACAUAUAUGAAAACAAACCAUGGAGCAGAUUGUCCAGUAAUGUAAAUAAUCCAUUUACUUCAUGCUGUUAUCACUGUGUGAUGGUUCUGAUUAAGUUAAAAAAAAAAAAAAUUGUGAUGUGUUCCAAGCCAUCAGCGUCUUUCAACUAGAGGAGUGUGUGCCUAAAGCCACCCUUUAGUUUUUGCUGCACUUGGGAACUUCUGCUUUAAGUUUUCACUUGGAGCAAAACUCUACUCAUUUUUUUUUCCAGAUUAUUCCCAGAUAAAUGUCGCAGCGGAAAGAAAGAGUGCUUCCUUUAACUUGAUAUGUUGUCAAUGCCUUGUCUGCAAGAGUGUUGUUUUUUAUUUAUUUACUUAAUGCUUAGACACAAAUUGAGGUAACAACUUCAUUUUUAUCAUCUUUUAAGAUGUGAAGAUUUAUAACUUUUCUUACUGUUGUAAGUGAACAUUUGGUCAUCCCUUGGAAGAUUUGAUGUUUUAAAUGUUAUCAUAUGAAAAGGGGGAAUAGGAAAAUAGGCCCCAGUCAUGCUCUUUAACCCCAAAGUGAAAUCAAAUAUCAAAAUAAAUAAAAUACUACUUCAUAUUGUUCUAUCCUAAUUUCAGUGGUUUCUGAUUUGGGAAUAUUCUUGUAUCCACUCCUCUGUUCAGUGGUGGAUACAAGAAAGCAAAUCAGUCUUGUGAAAGGGUUUGUGUCCAUUAUUAUUCCCUAUUUUUAUUAGAGUGAAGCCCCAAGUUUAUUGUUUUGGUAAUAUAUAAAAUAAUCUGAUUUGCACUUUAACAUACACGUCUACAAGUAUAAAUCAGUUUUUGUUAUGGAAUCUUGGGCAGACAAAACAAAAAUAUUUAAAGAUAUCCAAAGUAACAAGCAGGUUAAUCUAAAAAAAAAAAAAAAAGCGAUCUGUUGUAACAGAUCUGUCUGACCUGAAUGCAAACUUUUCUCCUUGAGGUCAACUUGUGGUGUUUUUAUUGACAAGGACCAGUAGCUGUACUAAUCUUCCAGCAAUGUAACAUUUUCUUCCACAUUACAAAAUCCAGCUUGACGGACAGUAUGGCUCGUAUUUGUUUCGUGUGUGUAAUUUGGCUUUAAUAGUCGAAUGUACAAGAUGUUUGCACUAAAACAGUCAGAAAUGCUCUGAAGCAGCUUCUGAGCAGACCUUCAUGGCAGCUUGUUUGAAACAGAGUGCAAGUGUCUUUGUAAAAUUAUUCAGAGUGUGCAGUGUGGAGCCAUGAGCACAUUUCCAGUGUUUCCACACUAACACGGUUCGUGAAUUGUAAUGUAAUUUUUUUUUCAGUCUAUUUAGUGUUAAUAACUUCAUGUGUAUUAAAUGUUUUAGAAAU